UGUGAUAACGUUGUCUUUACAAUUGUAUAUAUACAAUACAUGUAUAUGAUAUAUGUAAUACAUGUAUAUCAUAAUAUGAUUUUGUCUGGUGCCAUAUUCAUGCAUUCAAAUCACUGAUUGUAUUUUGAAUAUUAUUGUUUCUAUGAUAUAAUCUAUAAUAUGUGCCUUUGCCAGUAAUUGUUAUUGUGCUUGUCCAUAUACAUCAUUGUCAUUGUGUGCCUGGAUCUAGAAAUUUUCCUCGGGGAAAUGGGUUCCACCCCAUGUAAUAUUUUUAGGGGCCAAUCAAAGUGAGGGCCUAUUAUUUAGCACUGAACAACUGAAAGUGCUUGAAAAAGUUAGAUAUAUUAAUUUACUACCCUACUCAGGUGGUGUUGGUUCAGACCCUCAAUCCAACAACAACAACACCACCCCCUUUUAUAACUGCUCUUAACAUAUAGCCCCUACCAACAGAAUUAGAUAUCAAAUUUAAAAGAAAAUGUGGGGGAUGUAAUAAGAAUUGCACAGUAGGAUAUAAUGAAAAUAUAUAAAUAUAAAUGAUAUCUAUGUUUAUGUACUACAUAGUCAAUGUAGAAACAAAGGUGAAUGUAAUAUUCAAAUAUAAACUUUCUCUUACAGAUAUGUUCAAAGCCAGCACUCAGUUAAAUAUACUUCUACUCCUGUGCACAGCCAGGCAGACCCGAAGCCUUUUACGGGAAAAUACAUUAUCUCUGAUAUUUCUGCAGAAUCCAGAAAAGCAACCUGUGAUCAAGGAGGGUCAGGUGUUGAAGAGUUCGAGCCAGGCCCAUCAAUCAGUAAGAAAACCAAAGUGUGCAUCAUCCUUUCUGAAUCCAUUUGAAUUGAGUAUUGACAUAUCAGAGGAAUCUGGCACUUUAAAAGGAGAUGAUGAUGAAACAUACUAUCCAAGUUUCAACUUCCACUCAAUUAGAAGAGGAUAAGAAAUCCAGAUUUGAAAAUUGACUUCUAUUCAGAGUGACAUGAACAUAUUUCAAAACUAUAUGACAGUGUCUAUACAAUAUUAAAUUUGCUGUAGGUAGACUGUAGUAAUAUUUUUCUGCUACCAAAGUUUUAAACACAUCAUUGGCAUUACUUUAUAGACUGGGCAUAUUUCUUGUAAUUCAAUACAUAGUUUUCAUAUAACAGUAGAAGACAUCAAAGCAUCCAAUUGCCAUGUGUUGAAAAUAAAUGUUUUCUCCAAGUAGAAUAUCUAUUGAUCUUAUUACUUAUAAUCUGACAAAUUAUUUUAGGGGUGAGAUCAAAUAUCCAAUGUUUGACACAUAAAUAACAUCUUUAGUGUUAUUGAUACAAAAUUGAAACUAAAUGGAUAGAGCAAGU